AUGCCCAAGUCGAAGCGCGCAAAGGUUGUUCACCUCACACAGGUCUCUAAGAAGACGCGCGAGAACAAGGACAAGCUUUUCCAGAACAUCCGCGAUACUGUCCCCGAGUACCAGAACUGCUUUGUCUUCAGCGUCGAUAAUAUGCGAAACAACCAUCUCAAGGACGUCCGACGUGAGCUGUCCGAUUGCCGUCUCUUCUUCGGAAAGACAAAGCUCAUGGCAAAGGCUCUUGGCCAGACACCCGAGGAGGCAAUCGCCCCUGGAAUUGAGGACCUUAGCCGUUAUUUGACCGGUACUGUCGGCCUGAUCUUGACCAACCGCCCUGUCGAAGAAAUCCUCUCUUACUUUGAGAACCUCGCCCCUGUCGACUUUGCCCGCGCCGGCGCUGUGGCCACCCGCGAUUUCUCUAUUCCUACCGGUGUCGUCUAUGCUACCGCCGGUGAGGUUCCCGCUGAGCACGAUGUUCCUCUCGAACACACCAUCGAGCCGGAGCUGCGACGUCUUGGUGUCCCUACCCGUAUGGUCAAGGGCCGUGUCGUUCUCGGUGAUGAGGCUGGUCAGGGCGAGGAGUAUGUUGUUUGCAAGGAGGGUGAUGUUUUGGAUUCACGACAGACAAGAUUGCUGAAGCUUUUCGACGUAUGCUUGAGCGAAUUCAAGGUCAAGGUGUUAGCGUACUGGAACGCCGCUAGCUCUGAGGUGACAGAGGUUAACCCCAACGCUAUGGAUGAGAAUUAG